AUGGGCGUCUCCCUCCUCUCGUCCUCCGGCCAGGGCGUGCUCGACAUUCACAACGAUAACGGAGGCGGCGCCGGUGGUGAUGAUGGAAAGGAGGACAUUGGACAAGAGAAGGAACCCGCGCGGCCCUCGGCGCAGACAAGAUAUGCCUACAAAUACACAACACUGGAUGGGUACUUCCUCCAAGACGAUCCCUCAACGGUCGCAGCAGAUUUCGACUUCAUGGCCACAAACUUUGGCCUCAUCGACCGGGAGUACAACUCGGACGAGUUGCUCCCUGACAACGGACGGGAAAUGACGGUGUGGCAGAGAUUCGAGCAUCAUAUUUCUUCAUUGAACCGCGCUGCGCAGGACGACGACGACGACGGAGAUGACGACAGGAGAAAUAGAAAACGCCACGGGUCCUCGGCGAGGUAUCUACUUCUGUUCCUCGGCCGGCAUGGAAACGGCUACCACAACAUCGCCGAGCGCUACUAUGGUGGCGAGGCGUGGGACUGCCACUAUUCAGCACUGGAUGGCGACCCGGACGGGAUAAUGACCUGGAGCGACGCUCAUCUGUCAAAGGAAGGACAGAGACAAGCGAGGGAGGUCAAUUCGUUCUGGAAAAGCCAACUCGCCGAGCAGAAGAUGAGCUUGCCGGAACUGUGGCUGGCGAGUCCCCUCGAUAGGGCGAUGGAGACCGCCGACAUCACAUUUGAUGGCAUACUACCAGGUGGAGCCAAGUUGGAGGCCAUCGUGAUGGAGAAGUUGAGGGAAGGUACCGGCAUCCACACGUGCGACAGACGGAGCGAUGUUUCACGCAUCCGCCAACGGUUCCCGGCCUUCAACGUCGACCUGGACCAGUAUUUGACAGAAACAGAUGAAUUCUGGGAUCCGGACCGACGGGAACCAGACACCGCAUUGACAGAGCGCCUAAGAGCCUUCAUGGACAGUCUCAUGGACCAGCACGAGCUGAUUGGUGGCAAAGAGAGGCUCAGCAUAACCAGUCACUCUGGUGCGAUUGGUGCUCUGUUGAGGGUGUUGAACCACCGGCAGUUCAGUCUGGGCACCGGAGCUGUGAUUCCGGUGCUUAUCAAGGUCGACAAGGUUCCUCUCGACGAUGACCGUGAUGACGCAGACAGAUCGAGGAACGCCAAAAGAUCCGUUUUGAGCAAGGAUAAGCGGCACGGCGGAUCGGGAGAGGGUGGUAACCACGAAGAACCCAAGCUGAACCUGCCUGACAAUGACAGCAGGGAAGGUGAAAAAGGGACAGAGAACGCAAAUCAGACAUCAGACAGUGACCCGAAUGACCGCUCGAAAUGGCAGCCCAUCCCGUCCUGCCCUGCGGACAUGGACCUCCCCACUGUUGGCCACAGCCGCUGGGGCGUCGGGCUGAGAGAGUACCUCGAGGGCGUGGAGAAUGGGACAAUAACCAUGGUUUAA